GGCGGCACAGAGAUUUUGUGGAAGAAACAUGGAGACACAGCGCCUGCAACCCGCGAUGAAAAUAAUUGAAUGGGCCGGCGGGAGACUUGAGAUGGGCCCGUGGGAAACGUUUUGGAGAACCAAAACGUCCUCUGUUUGUAGCUACAAAAUACGAAUUUUCUAGGACUAUCAAAAAGUUAGAAAAGGUUUAGCAGGCCUGUUGGAGGCUUGAUUUUUCCUAUUUAUCUUUAAUUUUAAGUUAGGAACAUUUUAAGAGACCUAUGCAGAUGCUCUUAUAGCCGCGUGCAAGCGCCUCGUAAGACGCCAGUGGACAUUCGCCCGCUUCCCGUCCAUUUAUUAAACUUUCGCAAGCGCAGGUAUCUCCCCACAGGGCAGCGCGUGCGGAAACCCUAGUCGCCGCCGAUGUCGGACCCUUUCUACCCGUACUACCGCGGAGCCUUCCCGGGCGGCGACGGUGCGCAGCCGCCGCCACGUUACUCGGAUUUUGAGGUCGACCUCAUCGCGGCCCGUUACGCCGGCACCCUAUUGCCUUAUCCAUCCUCUGCCGACGUCGGCGCCUUCGACUCGUAUGUCGGCGCGAGACGAUCCGCGGAAGUUCUCUAUCACCAAUCUUUUAUGGGAAGUCAUAGUACUGUUGGCCAGAAUGAGGCUUUAUAUUCAUCGAAUACUAUGGCUAAACGCCCUAGGCUUGAAAGCAGCCUUCCUAUAUAUCCACAACGACCGGGGCAAAAGGACUGUGCCUUCUAUAUGAGCACUGGAACCUGUAAGUAUGGAGAGACCUGCAAAUUUGACCAUCCACAACGGGUUCCAGAGGGUGGGGUUCCAAACUGGAAAGAGGCCCCGAAUGUUGAAGAUUCUUAUCCUGAGCGACCAGGGGAACCAGAUUGUCCUUAUUUAUUGAAUAAUAGAUGUAAGUUUAAAUCUAAAUGCAAGUUCAACCAUCCGAAGGAUAUGGUGAAUGCAUUAGGAACAGGAACAAACAAUGAAUCUCUAAUUGCUGAUAGCGCUGUCUUACCAGUGAGGCCUUCUGAACCCAUUUGUGUGUUCUAUGCAAAAACAGGCAAAUGCAAAUUUGGUGCCAUUUGCAAGUUCAAUCAUCCAAAAGAUAUUAAGACAUCACCUUUGAUUGCAAAGGAAACCAUAUAUACAGCAACAACUGAUGCAGCAGAUGCCCCGACCGAGGCGUGUAACGCAAAGGGGCUUCCUAUAAGACAAGGUGAAGUGGAUUGCUCGUUUUAUAUGAAGACAGGCAGCUGCAAAUAUGGUUCUAUUUGUCGCUUCAACCAUCCUGAUCGGCCAGGGCCAGCUGCGGAUAUAGCUUUUAUGGUUCCACUGGUUCAAGCUACUCUUCCUUCAUCAGCACCCAUUGUCCCUGCAGUGGUUGAACCUUUGCCAAUGAUCUAUCCUCAAAGGCCAGGAGAAACUGUUUGUGAUUUUUACAUGAAGACAGGAUCUUGCAAGUAUUCUCAGAAAUGCAAGUUUCACCACCCCAUCAGUCGUUUUGCCCCGCAUUCCAAAGAAAACGGGGAUCCUCAACAGCCUGCGACACUUGCUAGCCUGCCAAGGAGAGAGGACGCUGAGGCUUGUGCCUUCUACAUGAGGUCUGGCAUGUGCAGGUUCGGUGCGCACUGCAAGUUCGACCACCCUCCUCGCGAGGAGGCUAUUUCCGAGCUGCAGGCAGCCGGAAAGGAAGGAAUAGAAGGGCCGAGCCUCGUCCAGCGCGACCAUGAUGUCUAAUACUGUAUCCUGCUUCAGUAUGUAAUACCAUGUGAAUCGCACUGUUAGUUAAUGCUUGGUGCUGUCAGUCUUGUUGGGAGUCUGACUCGUAAAGCUCAUUAUCAUCGGAAGUGUUUGUCGGAGGAGUGCUGGCACUAACUAUUUAUCUUCAGUUGGUUGUCGUGUUGCCAACUUGCGAUGUCAAGGUGCAUAUUUCAGUUUUUUAGAGUAAAAAUGCACUUUACAUCCUGCCGCCAAACUUAACUAUGGGCCUGUUUAUGGCCCUGUUUGGUUUAGCUUUUUUUUACCAGCUUUUC